AUGUCGAUGUCGAGCAACAACAUAGUAUCCCCACCUGGGACACCAGUGAGACCCCCAAUGAUGACCGUCGAGAACCGCUCAUUUCUCGAUGUCGCUUCUCAUCUUCAUCAUCCAUUGAGGACUCAUGCGUCAAGUGCAUCACUGCGCUCCCGGGAACCAACUCCACAAAGAAAUUCCGGGGAAGCAAACCGGGGUGGAAAUGUUCGAGUCGUGGUCCGAGUUCGCGGCUUUCUCCCUAGAGAAAUCGAGCGUGGAGCAACAAAUCUCAUAGAAAUGGACCCACGAAAUCAGACUACUACUCUUCAUCCUCCUCCAGAAUCCGUUUUAAAAACAAACAGCCGGAAAAUCGUGGAUAAAAAAGAAUUCACAUUUGAUAAUUCUUUCUGGAGUUUUGAUCGCCGUGAUGAUCAUUACGCAGAUCAAGAAGAUGUUUACAAUGCGCUCGGAGAGGAAUUUUUGGAUCACAACUUUGAGGGUUAUCAUACAUGUAUCUUUGCAUAUGGCCAGACAGGCGCUGGGAAGAGUUAUUCAAUGAUGGGUACUCCCGAAUAUCCCGGACUUAUCCCACGCACAUGUCGCGACCUUUUCGAGAGAAUCGAAUCCAACAAUUCACCCAGUGUAAACUAUUCAGUUCGUGUUUCGUACUUUGAAGUCUACAACGAACACGUCUGUGAUCUCUUAGUACCUCGCCGAGAAACACCAUAUUACCUAAAAGUUCGAGAAUCGCCAACUGAAGGCCCUUACAUUAAAGAUCUCACUGAGGUCCCAGUCAGGAAUAUUGGUGAGAUAUUGAAAUGGAUGAAAAUGGGAGACAAUAAUAGAACUAUUGCGUCCACAAAAAUGAACGAUACUAGUAGUAGGAGUCAUGCAGUGUUCACUCUAGUGUUGAAGCAGAUACACCAUGACAUGGAUACAGACGAAACGACUGAAAGAGUCGCAAGAAUUCGACUUGUGGACUUGGCCGGUUCAGAGAGAGCGAACUCCACUGGCGCUACAGGGGUUCGUUUAAGAGAAGGAUCGAAUAUCAACAAAUCUCUUACAACACUCGGAAGGGUAAUAGCGGCAUUAGCAGACGACGUCCCGACGAAGGCUGGCAGAAAAAAGAGAGAAGUGGUUCCAUACCGCGACUCCGUAAGCAGCCGAAUUCCGGUUACGAACGAGCAGAGUAGUACUGAUGGAGACUUCCAGAUCUUGACCUGGCUCCUGAAAGACUCCCUUGGUGGUAACUCCAAAACCGCUAUGAUAGCGUGUAUUUCCCCUUCCGAUUACGAAGAAACCCUCUCUACCCUACGCUAUGCGGAUCAAGCCAAACGUAUCCGCACACGUGCUAUCAUUAACCAGGACCAUGUCUCUGCUGCGGAACGUGAUGCCCAAAUUGCGGAGAUGCAGGAAACUAUCCGCAACCUGCAAAUCUCUGUAUCUCAAGUCGCCCAAACGAAAAAAGAAAACGAUCGGCAGAACGAACAGCUUGAGAUGUACCAAAACGAGGUAGAGAAAAUGCAGAGAAAGAUGGAAGAGGCGAGGCAGGUUGCAGAAUGCAAGAUAAAGGCAUUGCAAACUCAGAACGAGGCAUUGAGGCUACAUCUAAGACUUGCUAUCGAAAGCUUGAAGAAUCCCAUACCGGCUGUACUCCCGCCGUCCCGAAGAACCAGUAUCGGCGAAGGGGGAGAGGAACAACUCGAUGACGAAGAAGAAUACGACGAAAGUGAAGAAGAAUCUGAAGAGGAAGAGGACGAAGAGAGAGACGAGAUGGAAUCGAGGCUUGCAGAUCUUUUACAGGACCUCGGGGUAUUCCGACGAAAGGUAUCCGAUGAUAAAGGUCGGUUUUUGGAAAAGGCGUAUAUCCAGGAAAUACCAGCCGACGCGUGA